AUGGAGACUCCCAGUGCGUCGAGUGGUGACUCUAUAUCGAUAGAGAAGAGAGAAACAAACAAUCAAGAGGGAGAGCACACCGAUAUAGAGGCCAACAAAAAGCAUCUCCAAACUGACGGCGAAUUACGUUCCGAUAACGACCUUGCUCGACGCCUGACAGAGAUUCUUAUCGAAGACGGCUCACGGCCGAGAAGCUCGCUGGCCGAGUUUCGAGCGCCAGAAGAUCCGGAAGGCAGUGGAGAGAAUGACACCGGCCGAAUCGAGCGCCCGAGUGGUUGGCGAUGGUGGCUCGUUUGCUUUGCCGUUUACUCGUCCUGCACCAUGUACGGCCUCGACACCACCAUCGCAGGUGAGGUUCAGGCCGCCGUCAUCGACACCUUCCACGACGUCUCACAGAUUGCAUGGCUUGGUGCCGGAUUCCUUCUCGGUUCCACAGCCUCUAUCCUCCCGUAUGGCGCGCUAUACAACUCCUUCAACCAGAAGUGGCUUUACAUCGGCGGCGUAGUCUUGUUCGAAGCUGGAUCAGCGCUGUGUGGAGGCGCUCCGAGCAUGAACGCCCUCAUCGUCGGCCGUGUCAUUGCUGGCGUUGGCGGCACUGGCAUUUACCUCGGAAGCCUGAACUACCUGACGGCAUUGACCCCUCCCAAGAACAGAGGCGUAUAUGUCACUUUCGUUGGUUUCUCCUGGGGUAUUGGCUGCAUCCUUGGACCCAUUGUAGGCGGUCUGUUCUCAGACAGCAACGCGACAUGGAGGUGGGCUUUCUACAUCAACCUAGUCAUCGCUGCCGUCACCGCCCCGAUAUAUCUCUUCCUCUUUCCAAACAUUCGUUCAUCCCUCGGACUCUCGGUAAAAGCCCGCCUGGCGAGCUUUGACUAUCUGGGAUUUAUCCUGAGCAUGGGCUUUUGGGUCUGUUACUCUCUUGGUUUCCUGUCAGCUGGAAGCAUCUGGCCAUGGCAUGAUGGACGAACAAUUGCUACGAUUGUGGUGUUUGGGAUGCUACUCAUCGCAUAUGGAGUACAGCAGACCUUUUCCAUCCUUACCACACCCACCACGCGCUCAUUUCCCGUCCAUCUCUUGAAGUCACGGACCCAGGUCCUGCUCUACAUCACAACAGCCGCCGCAAUGACGGGAGUCCAGCUGCCAAUCUACUACAUCCCCAUCUACUUCCAAUUCGUCCGCGAUGACACCGCCAUCGAAGCAGCAGUCAGGCUCCUCCCGUUCAUCAUCGUCCUCAUUACCUCCAACCUCUUGACCGGAUAUCUGCUGCCGAGGAUCAAGUACUACAUCGGAAUCUACAUCGUGUCCGGGGUUCUGUUGACCAUCGCCGGCGCGCUGUACUACGUCUACCUCGACCCGUCGACACAGCCAGGCGCUAUCUACGGCAUCAACGUCCUCGCCGGUGUCGGGGCGGGGCCCGCCAUAAAUAUCGGCUUUCCGAUAGCUACGCUGAAGGCCCACGCUCGAGAUGCCGUGCACGCGAUCACGCUGCAGAACUUUGCUCAACUCAGCGCGGGCACGAUAGCGCUUGUCAUCGGCGGACAGGUCUUCCAGACGACUUCUGUGAAGAACUUGGGCGCCGUGUUGGGGCCAGCAGGCUACACACAGGACCAGAUCCGGCAGGCGGUCGCGGGGGGGCGGAGCGAUGUCUUUCGAGGUUUGACUGGGGAGCUCAGAGAGCGAGCGACUCUUGCCAUUACAGACGCUAUCAGGCAAGAUUUUGUCCUUGUGAUCGUGGCGGGUGCUGUUUUCUUGGUAGCUGGCUUAGCUAUGAGGAGGGAGAGGUUAUUUCCCUAG